UGUAUGGCAUGUAAUACAGGGUUAACGGUCGCACAGUCCGACGACGAGCGCGAUCCGAGACGGUGGUGCAGCUGCAGCGACUUAGAGCGAUCUAUAUAUCAGUGAUUUUCGACCGCAUAUUGGACUCGAGACCCAUUUUAGUUGAUACAUACAUGGACGGAUAAAGAAACAAAACAAAAAGCCGAUUGAUAAAUACUAUACAUUUCAUAAUAUUGUCACGACCCACCGAAUACCUACAAGCCAAUAAUUCGGGCAAUCGUCGUCAUGUCACUGACGGUCGGAAGACGUGGGAUUUUCGAAGUAAGGGCAGAGAGACGAUCGCGACCCAGCAGAGUGGCCACAGCGUUGACCACGGCGUUGGUGGUCGCCUGGCUGCAGCUACCCGCCACGUUGUUCUGGUGCUGUGCGGCCGCAUCCACGGUUAACGGUACGCUGUUCAAAGCGGUCGGACCACCGCCGUUUGUCCACCCAGCGUGGGCGGACGUCAGUGGAAACGUCACGUCCGUGGGCCGGGUGGACGUGUGCGCGUUGAACGCCUGUGAGGCGUACGUAAGGAUGCGCGACGACCUGGCCAACGCGGUGAGGCCGAUCAACGACAAGCUACGCGGCGACGGGGAAGGCGGCGGAAGGGGUGGCGUGGCCGGUGACAGAGGUGCGCUGCUCGAGGCCAGGCUGCAGAGGUUGGACAGGCGACUCCGGUCCGUCGAACAGCCCGUGUGGACAAUCACGUCCGGAGUGUCCCGGUGGAAGCGCUGCAAUCACGGACCGUGCAAGUGCAGGACUGAAACUCAUUCGGUGAGCUGUUGGAGAAAGGACUUUGAAGAAAUUCCACCGGGCCAAACGCUGCCGUACGACGUCAGCGCAAUUGACCUGAGCACCAACAGUAUAGUGUCCCUGCACAAAGACACGUUUAAGGGACUGACUAACCUAACAGAACUGGACUUGACGGACAACGACAUCGACUUUGUGCCCACAGCAAUUUUCAACACGCUGGAAAACCUCACGAAAUUGAGGUUUCAUCGGAAUCGCUUGAUCGAAGUGCCAUUGUUGUUCAAAAGAAACACAAAAAUACAGAUAUUAGACAUGUCGAUGAACCAUAUAAAACAACUGCCGGAAACGUUAUUCCAAUCGACGAAAAACUUGGUGCUAUUGCAUCUGUACGGCAACAAGAUCGAAGUCUUUCCGAAGUCGAUAUUCAAAGACCUCAGCCUACUGGAAGACCUCGACUUGUCGGCGAACUCGUUGUUGGAGAUAUCGUCCGACAUAUUCCGAGGCGUUUCGUCGCUCAAGAGGUUGAAAUUGCAAGAAAAUCAACUGCAACAGCUGCCGUUGGGGGUGUUUGACGACGUCGAGUACUUGGAAGUCUUGUCGUUGAGGAACAACCGCAUAUCGUUUAUUCGUCCCGGGCUGUUCAACAACAUGCGUAGAUUGGUGUAUCUGGACCUGACCGAAAACUGGAUAAAUUUACUUAACGGCAACGAGUUCACUGACUUGGUAGCCUUGAACGAACUACAUCUCGGUCAAAAUUACUUGGAGUUCAUACCGGAACGGACGUUUAAGAAUUUGGCGUCGCUCGAAAAACUUUACCUCUUCUCAAACAACAUCCAACAGUUGGACGUCAACAGCUUUUACGGUUUGAAAAAUCUCUCGUCGCUGUUUCUCAACAACAAUGUGCUAAAGGUUAUCGGUGACAAACUUUUUGAACCGUUGAUGAAUCUCAGAAAGUUACACAUCGACAGCAAUAAAUUCCAAUUUCUACCAAACGAUUGUUUUGAUCACCUACCAAAGUUGGAAUCUCUGAAACUCUCAAAGAACCCGUGGCAUUGCGAUUGCACAAUAUUAUACUUGGCUAGAUGGCUGCGGGCGAACCGGCAGAAAGUGUGGGACUCGAACCCGACUUGCCGUGGUCCCAGGGAUCUGGGUGGCAAGCCCGUCGAAGACAUGACCUUUGAGGACUUGUGCGAUGGCCAAUGGGCGAGCAUGGUGAAGCUCACACCUCGCGUACCCAUUCGAUGAACGGCGGAAAAUAUCGUAAUCGGCAAUCGCGCAUUGAUAUUAUUAUUGUUAUAUAUAUUAAUAUUAUAUUGUACUUCGUCAGAAACCACGAUUGAUUUUAAUAGCUUUUUCUUGACAAUCCACGUUCAAGUAUAUUAUAUUAUUGUAUAUUAUUAUAUUAUAUUGUUUGCGGCGGUGUGCGUGUGCGGACGCGUAUUGUUUCUUUUGUUUUUAAUUGAUCGUACGGUUUAAUUGCGCGCAGAUAAGAAGUCGGCUGUUAUCUGGGACAGGCACUGUGUAAUAAUUUUAACAUUUAUUAUUAUUAUUAUUAUUAUUAUUUUUUCCUUAAUGUGCCACUCGAGAGUAAUAAUACCGUGUACAAGUGUACAAGCGUCAGUGUGUAUGUGUGUGCAGUCAUUUAUAGAUAAGAACAGUAAACAAUUUUUGAUCUUCGUCAAACAUUUUUUUAUUUUUCGUACUGCAGUCAGCAAUAAGCGUUCUAUACGAUCAGUUCGAAUCACAAUAAAAGUAAUAAUUAUGGUCGGCACUCGUUCAUCGUUGUUUUAUCUACUCUGUUCGAUCCUGAUUCUUCCCCCUGGCGGUAAAUGUUAUAUUCCUUAUUUUACAUAGUGCUUAAAUUAUUAUAAAAUAUAUAAGUACAUCGCAACUGUGUAGAAGUUCUAUGUAAAAAAUAUUUUAUUUUAUACAGUAUGCAUGCAUAUUAUAAUAUAUAAAUCCGUGUACAUUUUAACUUUGUGACGCUUACUUUAAAAUAAUAAUAAUAUGUUAAGUGAAA